CACAUAUCUGACCAAGUUCAUCCAUAAUCUUCACGUGACCUCGAUCAAAGUAGGAGUGUGUUCACCCUCUCUCUGUACACCAGGAGACCUCGACAAAUUGGUGAAAAUAAUUCCUGAGAAGCUUGGACUCAGCUGGGACUUCGACGUGGUUCGAUGCGAAACUCGACGAAGUGUCAUUUUUACGGAUGCCCAAGUUACAGCCUUGUAUGCGAUGGGAGUUGUUGUUUUCCUCGCUCUUGUGGGCACUGUGGUGGACAUGAUCUGGUCAUCGGAGGAAAUGGAAAGCAGAGGGACCAAGUCUAUGGUGUUCAACACAGUGAAAUCUUUCUCCGUUUUCUCCAAUGCCCGGAAGCUCUCUGACUUCACCUGCCCCCAGGAUAAUUUAGGCUUCGUGUACGGCAUGGUGUUCAUUGUUUUCUGCUGGGUAGUGGUCUCCAAUACCUUCAUGUAUGUCAACUAUGACGUCACGUCCAAUUUCGUGGAAGCUCUUCGAAUAUUGCAAAACAUAUUUUACGAAAUCGUUCUGAACAGAGUUCUACCUCUUCAAGUUUUGUUCUUUAUCAGUGGAUUCCUCAUGACAUACAGGUGGAUCAAAGGAUCUGAGAAAAAUUUCCACGUAUGCAAAUUCUUGUUCAAGAAAUACAUCAGAUAUACAGUCGCAUAUGGCUUAAUUAUUGCACUGGUGAUAAUAUCUCCAAGCUUUGGAUCUGGUCCUUCCUGGUCAAACUACCUUACGCCAAUGUACAAAAAAUGCGCAAAUAAUUGGUGGUACAACUUGCUCUACAUUAAUAACUUUUUGGAGACCGAAAACUCGUGUCUGGAACAUACCUGGGUGUUUGCCAUCACUGCUCAACUUUAUAUCGUUGGAGUCUUUGUCAUUUUAGUUUUAAAAUUAAAUCCUAAAGUUGGUUUGAUGUUUAUGUUCUUCCUCACUGUUGCAAGUUUGGCAUCGGUAGCAUUGACAAACGUGUAUUACGACCUUCCUCCGAAUGAAAUGUCAGCAUUUUUAGAUAACAGGGAUCGAUUCUUCUACGCCGAGCAUUCUCAUUACAGACUGUACACACACAUCAGCAUCUACUGUGCAGGAAUCUUCGUUGGCUACUUCACUGCAAAAAAUCCGGACAUCAAGAUCUCGCGAAAAAUGUCUUGGAUACUGUGGGUGACCACCACCUCGGGAUUCAUAGCUGCCCUGUGCACCGUCCACGAGUGGCGCAGCGGGUACCUGCCCAGCCCGAUGGUGGCUGCGGUGUACUCCGCCUUCUCCAAAGUUGCAGAGAUGGCCUUCCUCUCCUGGCUCACGACCGCCUGCAUGACGGGUCACGCAGGCGGCCUGACGGCCCUCCUCAGCUGGCGGCCUUUCUGCUUCUUGGCCAGACUGACGUUCAUAGCGUACGCCAUGCACGUGCCAAUAAUCACCAUGCUCAACGGGUUCAGAAAGUCGCACAUGUUCAUCUCGCAACUCGAAAUUUUCUACGUGGUGCUGUCGUACGCUGCUGCUACUUACGUCGUCUCAUACAUACUUCACCUCUUCUUCGAGGCACCGUGGAUAUCUUUGUCUGACGUCAUCCGCCGUCGGUCCAACGUGAAAACGUUCACUUGCUACGAGAACUCGGCAAUGACGGAAAAGCCCGUCAAGAACGGAGAAAAACCCAUCAGCAUAACGGUCAACAACAAAAACUGGAUGAAUUCAUUGGAGAAAGGCUGCUAAACAUUCCCUGGGUUUCUGCAAUUCUUCCGUCUUGGUGAAGGAAUUAUGGUGAAGGUGACGAGGAUGGAAUGUUCAUCGUGUCACCCAUUUGGAACUCGUUUCAUUCUCACAGAACAGUUCAUUGAGGGAAAUCCAAUGAGUGUCUAGUUAUGUUACUAGAACAAUUUUGCUCAAAACUACCAUUCUGUGACAAGGUUCAACGGAUUGUAUCCGACGACAAGAAUCGGUACGGUACCUCAAAUGAAAAAUUUGAAGAGAGCCAAUGAUAAGCCUGGAACUUCCAAAGAAACUUGUCGCCUCGUUGGGGAUAAAGUUUUCGAAAAAGUAAAUAAACUCUUUCUAGUUUGAGGUUCAAGGUUAGAAAUAAAAAGCCAAAGCUGAUAACGUUUUGUCAGCAGUUGCGCCGCACAAUCAUCAAGUUUAAUUGAUUGAAAUCAUUCCAUUAAUGCGCAGGAAAUAUGAACAAAGUAUACAGCAACUAUUCAAGUUGUUUGAUGUACAAAGCAAACAUUUUCGAUAUUGUGUGUUAAAACUCAUUUGACUGUUACAAUAAUGUUAUAUGUCACAUAACUGAAAUUCAGAGCAAGAUAACUAGAGUAAACACUUAGGCUGAAAGUGUUUCUGACCACAGCCACGUGACCAUCCACAGAAAGUGAACGGGAAAUGAUACGGUUUUCAACGCUGGUUAGAAAUUAGUUAAACAAGCAAUUUAAUUUCACCGCAUAAACGGGAUACACGCCAAAUUCCCUUCAUUGUUAACCGCUGUCUUCAUUUUCACCCUGACUGUUGUUUUCUACCUUUCAAGCAAUGAAAGACGCGUUUUUUAUUACACAGGGGAACAAUGAUUUAGCUGUCUGUGUCUUGGUUUUAACCAUAAAAUAUACCGUAAAAAAUCAGGAGACCCUAAUUUAAAAUUUAGAAAUUAAAUUAUAAAUUAGGGAUUAUUGAAAUCAAAUUUUAAAACACUAAAUUUUUGAUACCCUAUAUAAAAUGCUUAGGGUGUAAAGUUUUGAGUUAACUAAUAUGAUAACCAAACACAAUUUAAAUAACAUUUAAUUUUGAAGAUAUCUUACAGUUAGUAAUGAAAACCAAUAGCCUGCGUAUGAUACGAAGUUCAAGAUUUUUGAAGAGAAGUCGAGUUAAAAGAACUUCCCUUUUCGACUUUAUAUUUCUUCUUAAGUCUUCACUAAUGCCGCCAUUUAAUGACAAGCUAAGAUGUUCAGAUCCGAAGUAUUUUUAAGUGUUUAGCAGCAACAGUAUUAGGCAUAAUAUAAAACUCAAUAAGUUUGAAACUUCCCAUCACUUGCUUCACAUCUACAGAGUCUGGUAGAAGAGAAAUUUUGAUCACAUAUUUCAAGUGUAAUGUAUGCAAAAAUUAGUGAGAACUACACAGAACAUUUACGAAUAUGCGGUAAUUUUAAGGCUACGAAAAAACCUUUACACUCAUGUGAUAAAAUAAGGUUGAGUUAACAAUCAGCACUCAGAUGUGAUUAGGCUUUCGGUCUUAAACAGCUCUAUAUCACAUAUCACACCCCAGUGUGCCGGUACUACCACUAUUUGUGGUUUUACCAGUUGGUUGGGGCCCUGAAGACAGCUUUUUUUUUUUUUUUAAUGCCGACCAGAAGCCGAGCAACUCCUGGUCCGGCACCCCCGAAGGUAUUGAUUCACUUGCAAGGACUUUAUGAUCAUGACAUAUUUAACGUGCCCAAUCGCCAUUAACGAACACGGAUAAUCUUCGAUCGGCCGGCACCGAACCCCGGACAACUUUGAUUACAAGUCCGACGCAUCAUCGACCUGGCCACCCCGGACAAACAACUGCAUAGGGUGGCUCUGGUAACUUGAUGCUUAUUCUUAGACACGCUCAUGUAUAUUUGGCUUGAAAGGGGAAACAUUCUCAAAUUGGCGCAAUGGAAAUAAUCGUUAUCACAAUUAUUAUUCGACCCUAUUUUAACAAAUGGAAUCGAUCAAGUCAGCUGAUCGGAAGUCAGCUUAUCAGAGCCAGACUAUAACAAUCAUACGUUAUUUAUGUCUAAAUGUUUUGAUUUCUCUCAGUAAAAAUGCAACUAUUUUGAAAACCAAUAAAGCAACAAAAUUUAUUUUGAAAAUUUUUUAUAAAGAAAUUAUUGGGGUAUUUUCGUAAUUGUUAAAGAAUAUAAUUUUUCCAACUAUAAUAAAUAAAAUCGUACAUUCAAUGCAACCAUAAAUUUCAUGCAUUAUUAAAGUCUUGAGUUCAAUCGGUACUGUUUUCGAAUUUUGUAUCACAUUUUUGUCUUUAUUGCAUUUAUGUCACCUUUCAUACGCUGAGCGUAAGCAUCACGUUUUGUUAGAUCAUUUCGUUAUCCGUGGCAUUUUGUUAUUAUAAUCCAUUGGGAUCUUGUCUAAUGUUUUCAGCGUUAUUCAAUUCUUGUUAGUGUUAUUUUGUUACUAUCUUUGUAGAAAUUAAAAAUUCUUCAAAAAAACAUCCUCUUUUUUUCAUUUUUUAAAAAUUACCAAAUGAUUUUUUCUUCUUCAUUUUUAUCUUUUGUUCAUUAUUUCGCAAUUUUAAUACAAUAUUUUUGAAGCAGGAGGCAAUGGGGCUCGUUGGACCGCUGGGCACAUUGAACCAGUUUCAAUAAUUUUAAUACUAUUAUUAUUAUUAUUUAUUUUUUAAAUUUAUUUAUUUAUUAAUAUCUUCGGAUUUUUUAAAUUUUUUUAAAUUAAUACUUAUUUAUUUUUUAAUUUAUGACCAACCAAUAGCACCUGUAGUAAUACAAAUACUA